GAACACACGUGUAUCAUGUUAAUCGAUGAAAGUCGACACACUGUUGUUUGUUGCUUGGCCAUGCUGGAGUUGAUGUUUAUGCUUCAUUCUAGUGUGAGGCUUCAAGGUUUCGACACGGUUUUGGUGAGAAUUUCUGCUCAUCGGCAUGUGAUCGCUUCAUUUGGUGUGACGCUUCGAGAUUUCAAGACAGUUUUGGUGAGACAGUUUUCUGAUUAUCGGCAUGUGAUUGCCCACGUUGCGUCCACACGUGUGUCCUCCCCUCCAGGAACCGGAAGCAUCAAGUCGACGAAAGUUUAUGGAGCCCGGCUGUAUAAACGACAACCGAUCCAGUCCGGUUCACCAGGUGUCGAUCGACUUCGUUCUCUUCAGGACUGCCAGCUCUCUUCUCGGUAUGUUUGCCACGCAUCUGGUGGGAGAAAGACGGAGAGGGAGCCGUGUAGGGCCAAGCAGAGAAGUGGGAUUUGGCGCGAGCGAGGAGAGAGGGAUGGCGGAACUGUCAGUGCUACAUCGGUUCUCUUCACGUAAGGACGAGCCACAGGGAUCACCUGCGAAUCACCUUCCUCGUCGGGACACCACUUUUCACCCAG